AUGCCUGGAAAUCUAAAGUUACUAAGCGAUGGCAUUCGCGAAGGCGACCCCGAAUUGUAUGCUAUCAUAAAGGCUGAGAAAAAACGCCAAACUGUGGGUUUGGAAAUGAUUGCCAGCGAGAACUUCACAUCCGUUUCGGUGCUGGAAUGCUUGAGUUCAUGCUUGCACAAUAAAUAUUCAGAGGGUAUGCCUGGCAAGCGUUACUAUGGUGGCAAUGAAUUUAUCGAUGAAGUAGAGCGUCUUGCACAAAAGCGUGCACUCGAAGUAUUCCGUCUCAAUCCCGAUGAAUGGGGUGUAAAUGUGCAACCUUACUCAGGCUCCCCUGCCAACUUUGCUGUGUACACUGGACUAUGCCAACCACACGAUCGCAUUAUGGGCUUAGAUUUGCCCGAUGGUGGCCAUUUAACGCAUGGUUUUAUGACUGCAAAAAAACGCAUCUCUGCCACGUCCAUAUACUUCGAGAGCAUGCCAUAUAAAGUGGACGCGCAAACGGGUUUAAUCGAUUACGAUCAAUUGGAGGCUAGUGCUAAGCUAUUCCGGCCACGGAUAAUCAUAGCAGGCGUAUCCUGUUACUCACGUUGUCUUGACUAUGCACGCUUUCGUAAGAUCUGUGAUGAUAAUGAUUCUUAUCUCUUUGCUGAUAUGGCUCACGUUGCCGGCCUGGUGGCGGCUGGCUUGAUUCCGUCGCCAUUUGAAUACGCCGAUGUUGUUAGCUCUACGACACACAAAACGUUGCGCGGUCCACGCGCUGGUGUCAUCUUCUAUCGCAAAGGUGUACGCAAGGUACUGCCAAAUGGCGAAAAAGUAUUAUACGAUUUGGAGGAACGCAUAAACGCAGCUGUUUUCCCAGGUUUACAAGGUGGUCCACACAAUAACACUAUAGCUGGCAUUGCCACCGCCAUGAAGCAGGCACAGUCACAAGAGUUUGUUGACUACCAAAAGCAGGUUAUCGCCAAUGCGCGUCGUCUAUGCGACGGUUUGAUAAAGCGUGGAUACAAUAUUGCCACCGGUGGCACUGAUGUUCAUUUGAUAUUGCUCGAUUUACGCAACAUUGGUUUGACUGGCGCAAAAGGUGAAUAUAUAUUGGAAGAAGUGAAUAUUGCCGGCAACAAGAAUACAGUACCAGGUGAUAAGUCAGCAUUGAAUCCAUCUGGCAUACGAUUGGGAACACCAGCUUUAACUACACGUGGUUUAGUAGAGUCCGAUUUUGAUGUUGUUGCGGACUUCAUUGAUCGAGCAUUGAAACUGUGCGUUGAAGCAACUAAAAUAUCCGGCCCCAAAUUGGUGGAUUUCAAGGAAGUCUUAAAGUCGAACAAAGAAAUCGCAGAAAAACUGGGCAAAAUACGUCGUGAUGUUG